AUGCAAGAUAAUACAGCUGCUGUAGAAGAGGAAAACCCCUCAUUUUCGGCCAAGAAAUUGCUGAAUCAUUGGUUGAGAUUCAGUUCAGGUUUACCUGAAACAAACAUAACACUUAAUAGUGAGUUUGAGAGGAUACUGUUGGACUACUCAUGGCAACGUGCCACGCCUGAAACCUUGGAAAUUGGCAGAGGUGGGGUUGGCCCAUUCGCUGCAUCCCUCAAAGAAAAGAUUAACCGAAUGUUUGGUGGAGAGCAUGUACGUUUCAAGCAUAUAUAUGAAGCCUCAUCUGAUCCUACUUUCUGCAACAGGAACACUUGGAGAGCAAUGGGGGUGAUCCUGAAGGAUGUCAUUGCUGUUGGUAUCGGUGGCAGCUUCUUAGGUCCUCUUCAAACAGUCUUGGUAGUUGGGUGCGCGUUAAAGGAUUAUAUGCGUAUUUUUAUCAGAGGAUGGACGAUUCUGGUCGAAGGGUGUUUUAAUAAUUUGUUUUACCCUGUGUGCAGUCUUGCAAACGUUGAUCCUAUUGAUGUUGCCAGAAAUAUUACAGGGUUAAAUCCAGAAACUACCCUUGGUAAGCAUUAA